CACAUAACAAAAUAGGAGUUGAGAGGGAAAGAGAGAUAGAGUAACAAUGGUGAUGAGCGGCAACUCGAAGGUCUGCGUAGAUGGAGAAAACCAAUUUCCAGAAAGAAGGUCGAUCAAACCCGAUUGGCACAAAGCGCACGCCAGAUUCAUCAUCAACCUCUGCAUGGAGAAAGAACGAGGUGCAAAUAAUGGCAAUAACAACACCGCGGGUAUUUUCUCUUCUUCUUCGUACGAAUCAUUGUUCAGCGGCGGGUGGAAGAACAAUACGAGCAGCCCGGACGUCUACGUGUGGAGGCAGAGGUACCUCAGGAGCUAUAAUUUCACGAGGGAGGAGGAAUCGUCGGACGAGAGGAAGAAGAAAGGAUUGCACGGUGUCGUUUUGGGGAAGGUGCAGCGGUGGACGAACCAGAUGUUCGAGUGUAGUAGUAGUACUACUAAAGAAGAGGAGAAGAAGAAGAAGAGUUCUUGUACGGUUGAUGGUGGCAUUAAGUUCUUGUUAAGCUUCGCGGCAACAGUUGAUGUUCGGAUGAUCCACAGUUUGGGUGUUCUAUAGUUACUAAUGUCUAAAAGUAGGUCAAUAUAAUUAUUAAUUUUGU